CGUUACAGAAGAAGCAGAUAAAGAAGGGAAACAACUGUUGAGUGUCAUGGAUUUCGGAGGCCAGUGUGCCUACUACGCCUGCCAUCAGGUGUAUCUCAGCAGGAGGGCUUUCUAUCUGCUGGUGAUAGAUAUGUCAAAAUCAUUUGGUGGAAAAGUUGACCCAGCACUGUGUGAACAAGAGGGAACUAUGUUUGCUGAUUGGACAUAUGGAGAAUACCUUCUGUUUUGGCUGAAGUCCGUCCACACCUAUUGUGAUAGUGAUGCUCCUGUAAUGAUUGUUGGAACGCAUCUGGAUAGAGUUAAAGAACAGAAUUCUGAUACGUUCUACAACAGAGUUUUGGAUCAACUCCAUUUCAACAAACAUUUGAGAACACACUUGGACAGAACGAGAUGCUUUGUUUUAGGAUAUCAGACAGAUGGCGCAUGUUGCAAUGAUUCACUCUCAGAACUGGAGAAGUGUAUUGUUGCUAUAGCCAAAGAAGAUAAAUGGAAGGAAUCUGUCCCCACUGACUGGGCUCUGUGCGAAGUUGUUGUUCGAGAAAACAGAAGACGAGAAAGAAGAAUGCUUUCGCGUAAUGACUUAUUAAGCAAAUGUUUUGGUGAAAACAAAGAAAAAUAUGUUCAAAUAGGAGAUGUUUUAAAAUUCUUUCAUGACAUCGGGGUUAGUCUUUACUUCGAUGACACCAAUCUGUCUGAAACGGUCAUUAUUGAUAUCCAGUGGUUUAUAGAUUCCUUCAAGAAUGUCAUUACUGACCCUAACCAUGUUAGGGACAUUGCAGAAAAUUCAAUUGAUUGGGAGAAUUUUAACAAAAGUGGUUUUAUUCCUGACAGACUUUUAACUGGCAUAUGGAGUAAUAGACAUUUUAAAAUGGAUCUUUGGAACAGGAAUCACGAAAAAAAAAACCUUCUCCAGUAUAUGCAGCGCCUUGGUCUGGUAGCUGUUGGAAAUUAUGCACACUACAUUCCCUGCAUGAACAAGCGUGCAUUUGGAAUUUCUGAGGAAAGAUAUUUUUUAUCUCUACAUAGCAAAACAUCCGUAUUAGUCUUUCGAUUCCAAUUUUUGCCGUGGUUUUUCUACUAUCGUCUUAUCGUUGCUUGUUUGACGAGGACCAAUGGAGAAUGGACGGUAUUGGAAGACAAUGGACUUUGUUUGUACAAAAACGUGGCUUGUUUUGCUUACAAAGAACACGUUGUGUCCCUAGCAGUUAACAUUCUUCAAUUCAGCUUCAAAUUUUUCAACCCACCAACGUCCUUGUUACAAAAGAAGUUGCCCUGACUGUUCGGGAUACUGUUGAAAGGCUAUUGCAAGAACUCCUAGGGAAUUUCCACAAGAAAAUUGACAUGUACACUGUUGGGUACCAAUGUAGUAAUCAGGAGAUGUUUUGUGAACACGAUGACUGCUUUGUUGAAGAGAAAGCUAUUUACAAAAAAGGCAAAAUAAGGUGCCCAAGACAUGGUAUGGUCAAUCAUCACAUAUUAAGUGAAUCGGCUCUUCUUGUUUAUUGGAAAAAGGAUGUUAUAGCUGAGAUUUCAGAUUUGGAUGACAUGACGGAUCAAGAUAAAUGCACCCGUCUGUCCGAACUGGAAUUGAAAAAAAGGAAUUUCAAGUCGUUCGAAAAACUCACGAAGACAGGAAGAGACGCUUUGCAGCUCUAUUUUGACAGAAUAUUUCCACCUGUAGACCUGGUUACAACCCUUGCUACAAACAAGGACAAUUUACAACGUGGACAAUAUAAAAUGAAUCAAGAUCAAUGUACCCUGCUUUUUCCAGCUGACAAAUCGAUUCCCACCUCCUCCACAUUUGAUGUAACCAUAAUGUACAAGUUGUUGAGGAACUAUGGUCCAAACCUUCUUCCAUCAACCAAUGGCUGGGGGAAGAAACCUGAAAUAGGACAGAAGCUUCCCACCGAUGACGUAGAAAGAAUACGAAUCUACAGGAAUGAAGUGGAACAUAAAACUCAGACAACCAACAUCAUGGAAAAGGAUGACUUUGAUCUGAAAAGGAGAGAUCUUUCUCAGGCAAUACUGAGACUAAGUAAUGGAUCAUUAAAACAAGAAAUCAUCUUCCUCAGACGACAGAGAUAACACUUUAUAUAUGACGUUCGUGGAGUUUAUUUAACAAUGCUCCCAUAGUCUAAAAAUCGAGUGAAAAAACUCAUCAGCAGAUCACAAAUUUGAAAUGAUUGUGUUUCUCUUGAGACUAGAUAGUAAUUACGAUCACAGUGAUAAAAAAUAUUAGAAAGAUAAAACUUUGGACAUAUUUCUAUUUAGUGGAGUCACCGUUAGCAGACAAUCAAAGUUGACUUCUUCAUGAGAGUACUGAUUUUUAUACUGAGGGUGACCAAAGUAGUCCAGGAAUACUGGUCCCCUACAAAAGUGAUAUUUCCAUAGUACUUUUUGAAUUUUCGAUAACUGUAUACGAAAGAAAGUUAUGUCUUACAUAUAACGAUUUGUAAAUAAGUAGUG